UGGGGUCAAUCCUCGGCCCUCUAGGAAAGGCGACUGCUUGGCCUAACUCAAUAAUAAAUAUAAAAAAGAUAUAAACAAGAAGAGAGAUGGCGCUCGGAGCAUGGACCCGGCGCGGUGAGCGACACGGCUGGUUCCUUCCCCUGCCACUGGGCGGCGCUGGCGUGGCCUCCAUGGGGUGGUGAAGAUAGUGUUAUCAGAAAGCAGGUUAUCUGCAAUCUCCACGUUGUGAUAACCUCUUCUCUCAUUAUUACCAAACAAAACAAACACCAGCCAGGCCAGUAUGGUGUUCUAUGGAGACGGGAGGAGGAGCGGCCAGCGCGCAAGGCUCAGUGUGCGGCGGCCAGCGGAGCCUCGGCGCCUAGACUGAACGCGUUUUUGUCAAAGUGGUUCGGGUCAAAGCACGCCAGGAUUUCGUUCCUUCAGCGCGCGUCCCCCAAGUGGAAGUGUGGAAAAGGCAAGUUUACGCGCUAGCGGGGGCAGGUGCUUGUGGCGGGGCUGUACGUCAAGUGGCACCGUCACUACCCUCCCCGUGGUGCCCCUCUCCGCCCCUCCCUCCCUCCUCUCGCUGACCCCCGACCCCAUAAUGCCAGAGCGCCCCCGUCCGCGCCAAAGGAAUGUAACGUCUUUGACAAGUGGCCGCAGAAGCGAUACUCCCACGAGAGGCACCCGCGCACGAGCACUCACGAACGCCGCUGCAAAAUAUUCGUAAAAGCCUCAAGGGCCCUCAGUAAAUCAGUACGGGUCAAGCAGUGCCGGACAGUGCCGCCAACUGAACUGUGACAGUGCCGCCUUUACCAACAUUAAGUGACCACCACCGGCCCGGGAUGGCCCCUCCACCACCACCACCACCACCGCCGCCGCCACCACCAGUUGACAACGCUCUUAGAUAACGUUCCAGAUAAGACUUAACGGUCACACGCCCAUGGAGGGACCUGUGUUGCCCCGCCCCGCCCCGCCGCCACGCCCCCCCUCAGUCGUCGCCUACACGUCCGCACCGCCAGAGGGAAGAUAUUUAGAGUUCCUCCCCGGGGCAGUGUGAGGCCAUAGCUCCUCGCUGGCUUCCUUUCUCAUGGCGAGUCGGUUCGCUGCAUCACAACGUACGUACUGAAACUUUAGUGGAGUCAAGGCGGUCGCAGAGUGGCCUCCACUUUGGUGCAACUGUAUGCCAUGUUUUCUGUUGAGUGAAGUUUGUUCUGAGACGGAAUAUUUGAAAAAAGGAAAACAUAAUCAACUUAGAAACAGGUGAUGAGAAAAAAAAAAUCUGUGCAACAAAGAAAACUGAAUCACAUUCCAAGAUGUACUGACAGGAAGUGAACAAAAGAAAAAAAUAUACAUACACCAGAAAGAAGCGUGUGACUCACUGAAAAGUAUCACGAGUGAGAAGACUUCAAAAUGAGUGUGUGAUCUAGUGCACGCGUUCACAGUGGCUUCCUGGUGAGUGAGGCGAAGGCUGGUGUCUGAUGGGCUGGUGUUAGCACGCCGCGCCUCACCACCAUGGAGGAGGACGGGACUGCCUGGUACGCUGAUGGAGCCCCGGGGACUCAGUCUGUACUGCAGGACGGGCCAUCAGACAUGCACCUAAAGGACGAGACGCCCCUUGAGGGUCCCCUGGACACACACACGCCCAUGGACGCGGCGGACUCUAACGCCCUGACAGCGAUAAAUGUGGAGGCGCAUGUCACGAGUGGGCAGCAGGUGGAGGGGCAGCAGGGCGCGCUGCUCCCCCUGGAGGAGGUGGAUGGGUUUUUCACUUCGCUAGACUCCAGUGGGCGCGAACACAGACCCCGCUACUACAGUCACGCCCACAACCCCAGCCCUAGCCACGCCCUGCAGCAGUACCCGCACAACGCCCACGGUCGGGUGGGAACCAGCCCUGUCCGCCCACACUACCCUACGCCCCUGCACGCCACCUGGUUUCCUGAGCACUCCAGGGCUGUGGGCGUGACUCACUCCCCCUCCACGUCAUGGGUGCCGCCGCUCACCUCACGGCCGCCGCCGCCAGCGCCCCUCCACCACCCGCAUCUCUUCACAUUCCCGCCCACGCCACCCAAGGAUGCUACACCAGACACCAUCGGCAUGACGGCGGUGGCCCAUGACUACAGCUGCGUCACCACCUCUGCGGCCUCGCACGCUGCCCACCAGCAGGGGCUGGAGAUGUCCCUGGCGGAAGUCAAGUCACCCGCCACGCUGCUGCCCCUAAUGGGCGGCUCCAAACGCGAAGGUAUCGACGAGUAUGCCUUCUCUGUUCCCUUACACACCCCCGUCCAACCACCGCCCAUCCUCCACGCCCACAACCCUCAACCUCUGCCACCGCCCGCUGAGGGGCUCCCACCCGACCCCUAUGCAGCCCACGACGCCUACCUCCCCGCCCAUGAGGAUGCCUACUACCCCCUACCCCCGGACCCUUCACCUCCCGGACGCGCCCCUUCCAUCUCGGCCGCCAAGACCAAAAGCAAAGCCAAGGCCAGCGCCGAGGGCCGUGAGUGCGUCAACUGCGGCGCCACGUCGACGCCACUGUGGCGACGAGAUGGCAACGGCCACUACCUGUGCAACGCCUGCGGCCUGUACUACAAGAUGAAUGGACAAAACAGGCCUCUCAUCAAGCCCAAGCAGCGCAUGUCGGCCCAGCGGCGGGCGGGCACCAGCUGCGCCAACUGCAAGACCACCACCACCACGCUGUGGCGACGCAACCAGAACGGCGAGCCAGUGUGUAACGCGUGUGGCCUCUACUACAAGCUGCACAACGUGAACCGCCCGCUCACCAUGAAGAAGGAAGGCAUCCAGACCCGCAACCGCAAGCUGAGCUCCAAGUCCAAGAAGAAGAAGGGAAUGUUGGGCUUCCCGGACAUGCUGAAGCCCCUGGACAAGGGCGGCUUUGGCGGCUUUGGCACCGGCGGCUCCGGGUUCGGCUCCAUGUCCCACUACAUGUACGGCGGCCAGAUGCACGGCUCCUCCAUGGCGGGUGGCUUCAUGUCAGCGCCGCCCAUGCAUGGCGUGUCCGCCAUGUCAGGCGUCGGGCUCGGCCUCUCCUCCACCUCACAGAUCCAGAUCCCCUCCAGCCUGGGACUGCAGCCUCCCAUGAACGGCUGGCGAUCUGACUACACAUGACCUGACGUCUUGUCCGUGACGUUGUAGUGGGCGUGAGGACAAAGGAGCCGCCCCACUGAGCGUGGCACUAAGUGAGCCUGCUAGUGCCACCAUGGCCCUGCUGCCGGUGGUGCCGCUCUUGGGUGGAGGAGAUGCUUGAGGACCCAGCUUGUGCCGCCUCCAGGACCAAUGGCCACAAAUACAUUCCUUUCUUUGACAUGGAACAUUAUUUUGCUUACAAGUUCUCCUUUGUGUCACAUCUGCCCGCCCACGCCGCAACUAUGUGGCAGGGGGGCGGGGUCGGGUCAAGGCUGACGUAUGUUGUCCCUUGGGCUGAAUCGAGUCACAGUAGAAUGUACUGCAGACUUUGCUUUCCGUCGUGCCAUUUGGCAAAACUACUAACUGACUGAAUGAAUAAAAACUACCAGUCGCAAUAGUCUGACGUGAUGCAGUGAUGUAACAAUUGACAGCUCGUGGUUCGCCGAUGAUUUCAAAUGUGAUGAAACAAAUUUUAUAAACAUUUCUGCAUCAGCGCGAGUCUGUCACAAAUAUUUACCUGAGCCGCACAGCUCCCAGAGCCUGAUGCGCCAUAAAGCCUGAACUAUUUUUAAUGUGUUUAGUAUACAAAUAAAAAAAAAUCAUUCUUGUUGUGAUGUAAAUAAAAACAUAGACUAUCUAAGCCUAAAGAGUAUAUCUGUAAGCACUGGACGCAUCGUGUGUCGGCUUUGUCACUGCCGGUAGUCCAAACACGUUGAGUCAUUCGGUCUUGCGUUCUCCGUGUAGUGUGUUGCGGCGUCAUCUGAGAGUCCCAGGCAGAUUAAGAGCCCUGGGUGGCCAAGAGGCAGUAUGUUAAACGCUCGUUUCCCUUCAGUAGGUGUUCGUUGCCUGUGGGUGGCGGUGAAGGUCGGUUCGGGGCCGACACCUGACAACACAAACAUAAAAAAUAUUAUCGUACUUUGUAUAUACUAUCUUCAUCAGGCUUUGUCACGGUAGCUUUGGCAGCUUAGGACGCGAGGACAUAGUAACACUGACACUGCUAUACUGGUUCGACUACAUAAUAUUUGUUUUUUUCUUCAAAACAUGCGGCGGGUAUAUUCCUACAAAAAGUAAAAAAAAAAAAAAAAUAGGACAAUCGUUUCAUUUCAAUAAUCUUGCACCUUAUGAUUACUUGACGGAUUCGAUACAGAUACGUUAUUUUACAGCAUGUCUCUUUACAAGACCCAAAAUCACGGAAGAAUCAGUGAGUGAGUUCAUCAGUGACUGGCAGUGUUGGUGUCUUCCCGCGGCCUUAUGCGAUGAAAUUACUGUGACAGACUUGGUGACGAAGAGUAUAUGUAGAUGGCGAUGUUGUAGUGAAAUAAGAGAAACUUUCUUAACAACGAAAGAAUAAACAAUAAGUAAAGUAUGUCAAUUAACACCAUACAUAAAAAGAAAUUUAGACACCAAGACUACCAUCAAUACACCGUCAAUAUUAAAAAAAAAUGCAAAGUGCGAUGCAUCAAUAUAUAUUUUCAAAGUGUCUGUGUAUACAAUAAUUUCCCUUUUCAUUUUGCAUUGUAUUUCUUCUUUCACUUAUGAGUGUUUCUGAAUCUUCUUUGGUUUGGCAAGAGCACGUGAUGAGAGAGAGAGGAGGAGGAGAGGGAGGGAGAAGGAAUAUGUGUGGAAGCAGGCAGUGUUGUGUCUCCAGGCAUUCAUUCCCUUGUGUUGUUACUGUUUCUUAUAUAAUCGUUGUGCUGUAAAUGUUAUGAAAAAAAAGUCGUCAGUUGAUUUGUUUUGCUUUAUAUAUAGAACGCCUUGAGUGUCACAAUGCAGUGGUGUGGUAUGGUGUGAUGGAGGUGUGUGUGUGUCUGUGUGUGUGUGUGUGUGUGUGUGUGUGUGUGUGUGUGUGUGUGUGUGUGUGUGUGUGUGUG